CUUCUUACAGAAGCUGAAGAAAUAGAAUUUGGGAGCGAAGCUUGAACAAAGGUUUGCUCAGAGUUGAGGUUUUGCUUUCUUCUUCUUCUUCUUCUUCACUGCUAAAGUCGGUGAUUUGCAAGGUUUUGAGUUAGGAAGAAGCAUAGAAUCGGCGAUUAAAUGUAUGAUCAAUUAGGUUUUUUGAUAACUUGAAAAGCAAUUGGUUUCGAAAAUGAUGACUCCAAGGCAAGUUUCUGAAGAUCGAGGAUCUCCGCAACAUUUCAGGCACACUCCUUUGCAAGUAAUCCAUGUUGUUGGAAAUUUCUUGAGAAUAUGGUCAAUUUACUCCCUGUACCGUUACUUGUCUCAGACGGGGGCUUCAGUUGUACUAUUUCUCUUCAUUUGUCUGAUCCCAGCAUCCAUCCUAUUUCUAAUUUUGCAGAAGCCUUGGAAGGGCAGGCCACUCUCAAAUACACAGGUGGUUCCUUCUAUUAUAAAUGGUGGUAUAACAGCUCUGUACUUUAUUUUGUGGGGAAAAGGCCUCAAAUCAUGUGGACCUCUUAGAGCUAUAAUGGCAGAGUAUUCUGGUGCUAUCCUUGGAGUACUCUCUGCAGUAUUAUAUGGGCGGAAGGGUCACGCUUGGAAAAAGAUAGGCGGGCUUAUUGCAAUGGUGGCGUCUUUCUACUUCUUAUCUCAAGGGUGGGCCACGGAAACAUACUCUCCAUUCUCAUUUAAAGAUAACGUUGAUACUGAGGUUCAGCCAGAACAGGUGUUAGGUAUGAAAGAGAUGGCAAUUCCAAUCUUUGCAGGAAUCUUAUCAGCAUUGAGGAGGGUGAUUGCAAGGCGUGUUUCAUUGAAGAAUCAACUUAAAAGGCGACUUCAUGCUCUAACUAUUGCCUCUGCAACAUGCUUCAUGUUUCCUAUUGCCAUGUGGGAUGUAAUCAUAGGAUCAGCUUCUAGCAGCAGCAAUAAGAUGCCAUUCUCUACUUGGGCUUUUCUAAGCACCAUUCUUUUUGGAGUUAUCUUGAUAUUCUAUGUUGAUAGUAUCGCGGAAGAGAGAUUACACAUGGUUUUCUCUUCUCCAAAGCAUUUGAUGGUAGCUGGAGGAUGCAUAAUCGUGAUGGAAACGGUGUACAAAUUGGACUUUUCUCUUCCAGGAUUCCUAAUUUGCUGCAUAGUUUUGGGCUUUGGGAUAUACGAAGCAACUUCUUUGGAACGUGGUAGAAAAGAUUCUUUCCAAAAGCCUGAUUCAUCGGAUGGGAUUUUGGGAGAUGAAAUUCAGAUGUCUGCACUUCCAACUUGAAUUGCAGUUGUAGGUUAAUGUACAUCAGUAGCAACUUGUUGGCACUGUAUUGUUGCACAAAUGGUUGGUUUUCAGUUGGAUGUUAUGAACCAUAGUCAGCAGGAAGAGAAAUUCUUAUUGCAGAACUCAAUGUCGAUUGUUGAAUAUGAUAGAUAGGAAACUCCCAAGAAAAUUGUUGGUUCUCACUUCUCAUAUCUUGAUGUGGCACAUGGGGCGAUCAAUCUGUUGGAUAUCCCAUAAUACUACUCGGAAAUGUGGUCAUACAUUCUAACUGUUUGUAGUUUACCAUCUGUUGGACAAAGAAAAGAAAGAAUACUUGUACUUAACUGCUGAGGGGUUAACGAGAUAAUAUUCUUUC